AUGCCAGGACGACCGGUUCCUCGCGUCAGAUCAUGCCUCCGAUCACCACAUAAUGCGCAGCGUCGCGCCCAUGCGACCAAAGUUCUCCGUGGCGACGACCUCGGGCCAGUUGUUCAGGAUGAGCAUCAGACCUUCCGUCUGCGCCAUGAUGGCUCCAAGCUGCCCCUGCCGCCCGUCCUCGACCCCGUGGUUGUAGAACAACGGGCGCGCUGGAAGCAGCAGAAAGCGAAGCCCGAUGUCGCCGGCUCCACGCCCUUCCAGAAGAAGCUGCUGGAGAAUCCGUACGCCCACGUUCUCGCCUCCCCCGUCCGCAUCGACCGCUCCCUCUCGACACUCCUCCCCUCGGCGCUCCUCCUGACGCUGCACAUUAAACCCCACCCCGCGACCCUCGAGCCCUGGCUCCUCCCGCUCUCCCUCUCCACCCCCAAUCCUCCCAAAUAUCUUGGCCCGCCCCUGCGCUUCCUCGCGCACAGGCACAACGCCGCGCACCUCACCGCGCGCAAAGAAGUAUGGAAGAAAGUGCUCGGCCAGCGCUUCUACCCGUUUCUGGGGCCGCGCGGAAUGGCGCAGUUGGUCUGGCGGAAGGACAUGCCCGAGCUGCUGCUACAGAUGCUGCGGGCGCGUGUCGAGGAUAAGCUGGCGUGGUGGUUCAAGUGGCGUGGGCGUCUCACACCCGUAGCUUCGCCUUCCCCCUCCGACACCCAGGACGUGGAAGACGUUGCCUGUGUGCUGUUCUACGGCAGCCUGAAGUCGCGCGCCGACGAGAUACACGACGAAGCCAACGCCAUCGUCGCCGAGGCCGAUAAGUGGACAGAUUACUUCCGCACUGGCUACGGGAAGGCUUUCGACCCGCAUGCCACACCUCCCCCCCAUCUGCCCAAAGCAACGCACCCCCCACCAGCUUGGUUCCAGCCUCUAGUCCCGCGUCUCGCGCCGCGGGCGCAGUUUCCGCCUCUGGACUACCCCACGACGAGGUGGCGCGGGCGGAAGGUCGCCGUGUAUAGCCUUACGGACAUGCUGGGGGUGGAUCGGGCUGAGGCACUGAUUGGGAGAACGCGGUAUGAGGGGGAGCGGUGCUGGGUCAUGAAGCGGGGCCGGCAGACUGUAGACGUCCAGAUGUUGCUGGGGCAGCUGCAGAGCUAUCUUGCCGAGUCGGGUGCGGUGUGGUGGCCGCGGUGA